CCGAGAGCUGCCGAGGGGCUGAGGGGCCGGGGAGGCGCUCACUUCCGGGUCGGGCCCGGCGGCGUCCGGCGGCCGUGCCGAGGGCCGGGCGGGCCGCAGAGGGGGACCGGGACGGCCCUUGUUUUGCAGUUUCUGAAAGUCUUUCAAGACAGAAAUUCAGGUGUUGGUGGGAGUGAUGGAAGGUCACAAGGCAGAAGAAGAGGUGUUCGAUAUUCUUCGACUGAACGUGGGGGGCUCUAUUUAUACAGCCAGGCGUGAGUCCUUGUGCCGCUUUAAGGACUCGAUGCUGGCGUCCAUGUUCAGUGGUCGUUUUCCUCUAAAAACCGAUGAAUCAGGGGCUUGUGUUAUUGACCGAGAUGGACAUCUAUUUAAAUACCUUUUGGAUUAUCUUCAUGGAGAAGUUCACAUUCCCACAGAUGAGCAAACCCGCGUUGCUCUGCAGGAAGAGGCUGAUUACUUUGGCAUCCCUUAUCCGUACAGCCUGUCUGACCACUUGGCCAAUGAAAUGGAGACAUAUUCUUUAAGGUCAAAUAUAGAACUUAAAAAGGCUUUAACAGACUUCUGUGAUUCAUAUGGUUUAGUUUGCAAUAAACCAACAGUUUGGGUUCUGCACUAUCUUAACACAUCUGGUGCAAGCUGUGAGAGUAGAAUUAUUGGUGUAUAUUCCACAAAAACUGAUGGAACAGAUGCUAUUGAUAAGCAACUGGGAGGACGAAUUCACAGUAAAAGCAUUUUUAAAAGAGAGGCGGGAAAUAAUGUUCAGUACAUUUGGAGCUAUUAUUCAGUAGCAGAACUGAAGAAAAUGAUGGAUGCUUUUGAUGCCUGGGAAGGAAAAGGUGUUAGCUACUGGCGGGUGCCUCAUGAGCUGAUAGAAUGUUGGACUCUGGAAGAGCGGCCUUUACUUGGAAGCCUGCGUCACAUGGCCCCAAUUCGAAAGAGGCGACUGGUAGAGUUCAAUGAAGAGGAAGAAGGUGUGAACUGUAAGACUGGUCCUAAGCCAGUCAGAUUUGUGGGCCCUUCCACCAGCACCCAAAUUAAAGUCAAGAACUCGGCUUCCGUCCGGGUGUCUCCGGCCCGAGCGCCCCAGGCCUGGUCCCGGGCGCCGGUGAGCCGGGCUCCGGGCGGGAAGGCAGCGCCGCGCCCUGCGCCCUCCGCAGCCCCGGCCCCGGCGGGCACUGGGGGGCCCGGGCAUUCCCAGGCUUCCUGCGGGUCCGCGAGUGCUGAGAAUGGAGCCACGCAUCCACCUCCAGCCAAGGUUCUGCUCGCGGACAAGAAGGGCACCCCGCACCGAGUGAUCAAGCUGAAGCGGACCCCGCUGAGCACCGCCGGCACAGCAGCCCGGCCCGCGGGGCCCCCGCCACCCCCCGGAGCCCCCAGCGCCUUGGGCGUGCGGACUGAAAACGGGCAGGACAAGACUGGCUGAUGGUGACGGCGGACUCAGGACGCCCGGUUCGCCUCCCGAGCUCCCGCCCGCGUGUUCUCCGUGCCGGAGAGCUGUGGCCUCCGGUCCUCGUUAGGGUCGUCCCGGGAAAGGGAACCGGCGGGCAGGAGUGGAGCAGGGAGACUUGAAGUGGCUGGGCCUAUGUUUACUGCUCAUUCUCCCAACUUUUAAAUGAUUAUUUGUCUAGGGGACAUUUUGAAUUUCAGGUUUGUUUUCUUUUAAUGGUUCGUUGGUAUUAAGACAACAGAACAGCACAGCGGUCACCACUGGAGAAGUCCACUUUGUUGCUGAAAUAAUUACAGACUUUAGGCCCUUCGGUAACGUCACUCGCUGCAGCCCAGGGCCGGGAGUGGGGUUUGGGCCCUGGUACCCGGUCUGGUGAGGGGAGGGUGAGGUGGGCGCUCUCCCGCGGCCAGACUGAUGGCAGAGAAGGAAGCUCAGGGCGAACUCCCCACACGCGCCUCCCAGGCUCCAAGGCCCGGAGGAAGAGGCUGGGAGCACCCGCACGGUGAUGGAGAGCGCACUUUGACUCUCACUCCAUUGGACUGUUUUCUCUCCUGGAUUGGCUUUUCUCGCUUUUCCCUUAGCAGAUUUAUUUAUACAUCACAAGAAGAUUUCUUGGGUUAAGAACUAUAUAACAUGUCUUUGGGAAGAAUUAUUGAACUAUUUUAAUUUGAAUAGCGAAGUUUUGAAAGUAUUCUGAAAAAGAGAAGUUAAAAGUUUAACUUUUUAACUAAAGUUAAUAUUUGCUUUUUAGAAAUGACCAUUGAAGAGUCAUUCUGAUUAUACAAUAUGAUUUUUUAUGCGUAAAUUUCCACAUAACUUGAAUUUAAUAUUUUUAAACAAAACAUUUUGAUUACUCCUCUAUUUUUCCACAACUAUUCAGUUGUAUGUGUUUACUGUUACGUGUUAUGUUUUAUAAUUGGAUCACAUAUUUUCUACCUUCAGAAAGCAGUAUGCCUUCAGUGUGUUAAAAGUAAGUUCAUAAAGCAGGGUACUUUUUAUUCAAUGCCUAUCAUUGUACUUGCAUUGCUUUGAAAGAGUAAAGCAAAUAUACUCAAAACAUUACUUUUUACAAAAUAAAGUAAA